AUGACGGCACCAGAGUCCGCAUUAUGGCGCCAAGUCGGUGUGCUCUCGACUAAAAACUUCAUCAUACUUCUCGCCCGCCACCCUGUCUCAACUAUCUACACCGCAAUCCUUUUACCUAUCAUACUCACAGUGUAUCUUGGCAUUGGCAAGAAUCUCAACAGCCCAUCGAACGAGUUUGGAAUCGCAGAUCCUCGACCUAUAAGAUCACUAGCGGAAGGCCUGGCCGCUUCUGAUGGCUCUCGUGACACUGUUGUUCUCGUCAAUAGCGGACUAUCAGGCGGCGAUGUAGACCGCGUGAUAGCGGCAAUCUCUGCUCAGGUUUUUGCAGCUGGGAAAAUUUCAACAACGAUCACAAAUCCUUCCGAUCUUGGCUCCAUUUGCCGCUCAUCUUUCCGUGCGACUACUACCUGCUACGGUGCCGUCGUUUUCCAUUCUUCCCCCACCGAAGGUGAUGGAGGCCUUUGGAAUUACACGUUGCGAGGGGAUGGAGUCUUUGGGUCAUCAUUCAAGGUCAACAACGACGAUAGUGAUGUUCAAGUGUAUACGCUCCCUCUUCAACAUGCCGUCGACUCUGCAAUUGCCAGUCUGAACUCGACAAAUGGUAGUUCAGCGUCUCUCGAGAAUGUCCAGGAAUGGGGUUUCACCGACGAGACCGAAGACGAACGACAAGCCAGCGUCCGGAGGAAAUACCAAAAGACUUUCAUCGAUUAUCUGGCAGUCUCCUUCAUCCUAGCGCUGAUUGGUGUUAGCUACCAUCUGCCCGGUCACGUCGCAACUGAGCGAGAAAAGGGGCUCUCUCAACUCAUUGACUCAAUGAUGUCCACUCGCUAUGACUGGGAGCCCCAGGUCAUCCGCACGUUGUCAAAUUUCUACUCUUUCGCCACAAUCUACUUUCCAGGCUGGGUCGUAGCAUCGGUCAUAGCGAGGAGCAUGAUAUGGAGAGAGACUAGCAUUGGUAUUGUUCUAGUCUUCUUCAUCUUUGGUGGCCUGGCUCUUACUUCGCAAGCCAUCCUCGGCGCGACAUUCUUCAAGAAGGCUCAGCUUUCCGGUGUCAUCAACUCUCUGGUCUAUGUUCUUAUGGGUGUUUUGGCACAGGCACUCCCCAACCCAAACACUGUCGCCGUCGCUAUCUUGAGCCUGCUAUUCACCCCAUGCGCCUUUGUCUUCUUUGUGAGAUCCAUGGCGCGAUUUGAGGGCGAGGGACAACCGAUGAAUCUUCUCAAGACGCCACCAGGAAGCAAUUCCACCCUUCCAGGCAUUGCAAUCUGGAUCUUCCUGGUCCUGCAAUUCCUUUUUUACCCACUGCUUGCCGCCUACGUCGAACGCCAAAUUCAUGGAGUCGGCUCCGAGAGUCGUAAAAUCUACAAGGGUGGCGGUGUCCAGCCACAAGAGGCUAUAGUCAUUGACGGCUUGACCAAAAUUUAUCACCCGAGCUUUCUUCGACGGCUAUUCUCUUUCAUAUCUAAGCCUCGUGCUCCUACAGUGGCCAUUCAUCGUCUUAAUCUAACGGCAAAGAGGGGCCAGAUCCUAGCACUUCUCGGUGCCAAUGUUGGAAAGAGCACGACUCUCGAUGCCAUCGCUGGGAUCAGCCGGUUCAACCAUGGCGGUGUCUCUAUAGAUGCCUCUGGUGGGAUUGGUAUCGUGCCCCAGAAGAACGUUCUUUGGGAUGAGCUCACCGUGGCCGAACACAUCACAAUCUUUAAUCAGCUCAAGUCUCCGUGGAGCCUUGCGAGCAAGGAGGACUCCAAGCACUUGAUCGAUUCGAUUGGCCUAUUGACAAAGCGAAAGUCCCAAUCACGACAUCUGUCUGGCGGACAAAAGCGCAAACUCCAGCUUGGCAUGAUGCUGACUGGUGGAAGUGCCGUCUGUUGCAUUGAUGAAGUGUCUUCUGGCAUUGACGCGCUCUCAAGACGGAAGAUCUGGGACAUCCUUCUUUCGGAACGUGGCAAAAGGAUCAUCAUUCUGACGACGCAUUUCCUCGACGAAGCCGACUUACUUGCCGAUAACAUUGCGAUACUAUCUAAGGGCAGUCUGAAGGCCGAAGGCUCGUCUGUAGCCCUGAAGAACGCUCUCGGAGACGGCUACCGUAUCCAUAUCCUCAAUGCAAAGGAUUUGAGAGCUCCUCCAGAAAUACACGGCGCUACAUUAGCUGUGGCAUCAAAUACCAUCAUCUACACUGCUCCCUCAUCAAGCAUCGCCGCCGAUGUAAUCCGUCACCUUGAGACUCUAAGCAUUUCCUACCGCAUCUCCAGUCCAAAUAUUGAAGAUGUGUUCCUCAAUGUGGCCGAUGAGGUGCAAGGGGAGGGUCUUCAACCCCUUAGUCAGGGUAGAGCCCAUGGGUCAGUCGACUCUGGCAAAGGCCUCACAGAAAAGUCUAUUGUUAGUGGUGGACAAGACUCGUUGGGGCUUCAAUCUGGCCGUCAGACGGGAAUCUUUGAGCAAAUCCCUACUCUGAUUCGCAAACGCUUCACGUUACUCAAGACCAACUGGGUUCCAUACGCCAUCGUAUUUCUUGUUCCGAUCGUUGCAGCAACAAUUAUGCAGCUCCUUAUCGCCGACGAGAGCCCUGCCAGCUGCGAUGUGGCAGACUUUAGUCAAGCUUCUGCAGAAGGCUUCAAUGACUACAGGAAGGCCUUUGACCGAGCUCUUAUCGCUGCUGGGCCUUCUUCCUCUUUCUCUAGCUCAUCAUUUGGCGACCUUUUUGCCUUCUUGCUCCCGGGACCCAAUAGCUCCACGAACACCGAACUUGCGCAAAGUGCCACCUACGCCGACCUUACGCGAUACAUGGAAGACAAUCGCAAGGAUGUCACUCCAGGUGGGCUUUGGGUCGGCAGCCCAGACACACUCUCAACAGUUGCCUACCGAGCCGAUAAUGAGGGAACAGGGGCAGUCCUCUCAGCGGUCAUCAUGCAGAACCUGCUCAGCAUCGUCAAGACAAAUAUCAGCAUUGCGACCACAUACACCCCAUUUGACAGCGUCAUUCCCUCUUCGACCUCAUCCACAGUUCAGUUGGCCAUAUUUUUCAGCAUCGUCUGCUCGAUUAUUCCGUCGUUCUUUGGACUGUAUCCCAACGCUGAGAGACACAGCCAUGCUCGUGGCUUGCAGUACUCCAGCGGAGUGCGGUCGUUAUCUACAUGGACGUCGCACCUCAUCUUCGACUUCGGGGUCUUCUUUCUCCCUCUCCUGGUUGCAGCUAUCAUAUUGGUCGUCUCCUCAGACAUCUGGUACGCCCCUGGCUACCUGUUUCCAGUGCUCUUGUUGUACGGCAUCGCCUCGAUUCUCCUGUCUUAUGUUGUUUCGCUGUUCACCAACAGCCAAGUUGCAACUUUUGCUGCAAUCAUGGCCUACAAUAGUGUCGGUUUUGCGAUCUAUUUGAUCGCCUUUCUCUACAUCAUCACCUUUUCGCCGUCCAUUUUCACAGAUCGCAACAUUCUGAUAGGACAUUACACUAUCUCGGCCUUCUUUCCCGUCACAUCCGUCUUCCGAGCCCUUCUCAUUGGUCUCAAUACCUUCUCAUUGGCAUGUUCCGCCACCGGUCUUGGAUAUCCAGGCGCGACCAAGGCGUAUGGAGGUCCAAUCCUCUACCUCAUCCUGCAGGCGGUACUGCUGUUUGGCAUUCUUCUCUACCACGACAGUGGGAACAAGCUACCUGCGAUAUUCAAGCGCAGCAGGAACUCCAGCGCCGGAGCUGAACAAGCACACGAAGACCCAGAGAUUGCCAGCGAGCUAUUACGGGUCGAGUCGACUACGAACAGCGACGGGCUUCAGGUCAAACAUCUGACGAAGAAGUUCGGUAGCUUCACUGCUGUUGACAAUGUCUCAUUCGGUGUUCGCCAGGGAGAAGUCUUCGCGCUUCUCGGUCCCAACGGCGCCGGAAAAUCGACAACCAUCUCACUGAUCCGGGGUGAUAUCCAACCGAGCCGUAAUGGCGGCGAUGUUUUCGUCGAGCAAGUCUCCGUCACCGACCAGAGAGCACGAGCCAGGGCAAAUCUCGGAGUGUGUCCACAGUUCGACGCAGUCGAGUCCAUGACUGUUAUUGAACAUCUCCAGCAUUACGCCAGGCUGCGUGGAGUUGGCGAUGUUGAGGAGCAAGUUCAAGCCGUUGUGCGUGCCGUCGGCCUCGAUGCCCAUGCCAAUGUCAUGGCGCAAUACUUAUCAGGGGGCAACAAGCGUAAACUCUCCCUCGGGAUCUCCCUCACAGGGAACCCGUCGGUGAUACUGCUUGACGAGCCAUCUUCAGGCCUCGAUGCUGCUGCGAAGCGCAUCAUGUGGCGAACACUCAGCACAAUUGUGCCAGGUCGUUCUAUACUUUUGACAACCCACAGCAUGGAAGAGGCUGAUGCACUUGCUAACCGAGCUGGCAUUAUCGCACAACGCAUGUUAGCCAUAGGUGAAGUUGAGAAGCUUCAAAGCCGCUUCGGAGACUCACUAUAUGUUCAUCUGGUCAGCCGCACUGCUCCACACUCGAAAUCGGAAGAGAUGGAUCGCAUGCGAGACUGGGUUCUACAGCGAUUUCCCUCAGCCCAAGUGGAGUCUCAAACAUUUCACGGCCAGUUGCGGUUCUCAGUCACGGCAUCAGAUGUGCUGCAAAGAUCCCAGCUGAGCCAACAGAGCAGAAGAGAGAUGCAGAGUAGGGAGAACUGCCAGUUGAGUGCAAUCGGUCAACUUAUCGUGAUGUUAGAGGAGAACAAGGAUAUCUUGGGCAUCGAGCAUCAAAGUAUCAGUCCCACGACGUUGAACGACGUCUUCCUUUCCAUCGUUGGGCAGCAUAAUGUGCAAGAGGAGGGUUACGGAACAACUGCUACUGAGAAUGGAAAGAAGAAGAUCAAUUGGCGGAAGAUCUUAUUCGGGUUCUAG